AUGAGCGUGGUUAGGGCAGCAUUCGACGUGUCUGUGCGCCCAUACACGCUGCGCAAAGGCGAUACGCUGAGCAGCAUCGCCGAAAAGCGCGGCUUCACCAUCCUGCAGAUUACCAGCAUCAAUCACGAUGUCAACCCGGAUAAGGAAGGCCCCGAGGGGCGGGCAGUUAGUGGCGGCGAAGAGGCUCGCGCAGAGGCGCGUCCGCCCCACCGCGCCGCGCGGCCGACGGGGAGUGCGAGAAACGGCGGCAGCGGCCGCGGCGGCCGCGGCGGCUGCGGCGGCGGCGACGAGGCCGCGAGCCAUGCGGUUACCACCCUGUUUCGCGGCCCCCGCCGCCAGGUGAAGGAGGGGCAGACGAUCCUCCUGCCGGCCAGCGGGCUGUCGUCGCGCGACAAGGAGAUUCUGGAGGGCAUUGGGUCCGUCUACAG